AUCCAUCCAUCGAUCUGGAAAAAUGGCGGCAUGCUCGUCUGCGAGCUGGUGGAGCUGGUAGGGGAGCGUCUCGUUGAUCGUAAAAAUUUCGUCGAAUCUCUGCAUUUAGUGUCACCCAGAAAUAAGCGGACAUGGCUGAAAAACGGGAGCUACCGGAGGAUCUCCACGAUAAAGGUGCCAAGCGACCCCGCACGGAGCGUUGGCCGGACGAGUGCACGGUCUUUGUCGCGGGGGACCUGCACCGCACCAGUGAGGCCGAGAUCAGGGAGGCCUUCUCAAAGUAUGGCACGGUGCAGAACGUUACCAGCUGGCACAACAUCCCCAGGAAGGGUGCCGAGUACAGCUUUGUGAACUUCCUGGAGCCCGGAGCGGCGGCGGCCGUGGCGGGCCUAAAGCGGGUGCCCGUCGGGCAGGUGGUGGUGAAAGUGCGUCCCAAGCUGCCCCCCCGCAGGCCCCGGGGCCGGCAGCCCCCGCUCUGGGACCUGCCCCCCGUGGACGAGCACCCGCCCGGGGACGAGCUCCUGCCGCACCUGCUGGGGGACGCCCGGGGGUUGGACGCCCAGGUGGGGAGGCUGUGCGAGCUGGUCUCCCUGAGCGAGGAGAGCAAGCGUGCCCGGGCCGAGUACUGCUCCCGGCUGUGCGGCCUGCUGCGCCAGUUCUUCCCCGCCUGCAGCCUGGACCUGUUUGGGUCGUCCGUCAAUGGCUACGGCGCCCGGGGCUGCGACCUCGACCUCUUCCUCGACUUUGGCUUGGGCGACCCCGACGGGCCGCAGGCAAACGGCCCGUCGGACGACCAAGUGCCCCUCCCCUCCGUCGCGGAGCUGCUGGCGGCGGGUCCGGACGCCGCGGCCGAGGUGCUGAAGGAGCUGCCGCCGCGGCACCGGCUUCGCUUUGUUUGCAAGGCGCUGAAGAAACGCUUGGCUCCCAUCCAGGUGUGCUGCUUCAUCAGCGCCCGCGUCCCCAUCGUGAAGCUGCACGACCCCCGAUUCGGGCUGAGCUGCGACAUCAACUGCACCAGCAGGUUGAGUCUGGUCAACACGCGGCUGCUCCAGCUGUACAACGCCGCCGACCCCCGGGUGCGUCCCCUGGUAGUGUUUGUGCGCACCUGGAUGCGGUCCCACUUCCUGCUGACCGGCCGUGGAAAUACCCUGACGUCGUACGCAGCCUCGAUGCUCGUCGUCUGCUGGCUUCAGCGGUGUGCACGGCCCCCGGUGUUGCCGACUCCGGAGCAGAUGAUGGCACGGCACGCCGAGUCCGGCGGCGAGACGUGCGAGGUCGAGGGCCGCGAGUGCGGCUACAUCGUCAAGGGGGAACCGUGCGCAGUGCCCACGGAGAAUCGGCAGACUCUGGCCGAGCUGGUGCGGGGCUUCUUCGACUUCUGCGCCUCCCUCAACUUCGACACUCACGUGGUCUGCCUCCGGACCGCAGAACUGGUGGAGAGGGGAGUCUUCUACAAGGAGCUUCACAAGACCCCAGAAUGGAAGCACUUUCGGGAUGGCCCGAUGGUUGUCCAGGACCCACUGAACCUGGCUCACAACGUGGCGGCGUCGGCGAGUCUGGAGCUGACACAGAAGCUGGCGGUGUCGUGUGCCCUGGCGGCGGAGGACAUGGCUGGGGGACCCGUGGGUGUGGCGGACCUCCUACAGGCGCCGUUGGCCAAGCGGCUCGUCGAGCGGAGCGUCGGGAGCGACAUGCACCGAGCCCGCAUCCGCAUGUCCGGUCCGGAACUGGUCCACUACCCGUCGGCGCUGGUCUGGGCGCGGGAGGUUUGCAGCAUUCUCCUGCAGCUUCUCAUUGCAUACCGCAUAAACUACAGAGUGGCCUACCGAGAAAAAGAAGCAACCAGCACUCCCAUUGCGGACCCGUCGCCCAUUGCGAAUUCAUCGACCAACGUGAACCCGUCGUCCAACGGAAGCCUGCAGUCCAAAAGGAACCCGUCGCCCAUUGCGGAUUCGUCACGCAAUGUGAACAUGUCCACCAACCUGGACCCGUCACCCAACGUGGGCCCGUCGGGCGACGCGAACCCGUCCACCAACACCGAGUCGUCUCCCAAUGGUGACGAAGUCGCUCCAUCGGACAGCUCCACCGUAAGACCGGCUCCAGCAUCCGGCAUCGCCAACGACUUUGUGUCCAACAGUGCAGCCGCGCCAAGAUCCAGAGGACGUACCCUGCUCGUCGUAGAGUGCCACCCGAUCAAAAGGACGUGGACGUUGCGUCGCCGAGUGUCUGUCGAGGCUCGUGCCAAAGCGUUUGAUCCGGAUCCGCUGACGGUGGAGAAGACAAUGUCGGACUUGAGCUGGGACCUUGCGGAUCAGGUGGAUAAGGCUUUGGACUUUGAAUUGAGGGUGACGGAGUUGGACGGACAAAAUGGACUGCUCGCGCUUGACGUGACUCCGGAGAAGCGCGGUUACUCCCACGCGUUCAGGACAAUGGCCCAGGCCUUCUUUGACCGGAAGGCACUGUCGCAACUCGUUCGCUUCUACACACUGCCAGAUCAGAGCUAGGGUUACCCUUUCUUUCGAGCUGCUCCGCAGGGUGCGAUGAGAUGCCCGGCGAAAGCACGACUGUUCUUUGGAAGCGGGGAACUCGUCCGCAGUCGGUCGGUUAUUAAGAGCAUUGUUCAAAGGAACGUAGUCGUACCUUGGGGGGACUGCGUACGCAACUUCCAUUAAAGGGGCACGUAACUCGCAAAAA